AUGACUGGCCACAGCUACAGCAUGUACAAUGCGGUCUAUGCUGUGGCUCAUGCUCUCAGGGCCACAUGCUCCUCCAAACUCAAAGAGGGUCGAAUAGUUGAUGAGAGGAGAUGGAAGCUCUUCCUUCAAUCCCCCUGGCAGCAAGUCUCCUUUAACAACAGUGCAGGGGAAGAGAUCUCUUUUGGCCCCAAUGGGGAAUUACUAACUGGAUUUGAUAUUCUCAAUUGGGUCACAUUCCCAAACAAGUCCUUUCUGAGAGUCCAAGUUGGAAAGAUCAACCCCAUGGAUCCUUCAGACAAGCUUCUCACCAUUUUGGCAAAAGAUAUCAUUUGGCCCAACCUCUUCAACCAGACAUUACCUCUUUCAAUGUGCAAUGACCCAUGUCAUUUAGGCUAUAGCAAGCUAAAAAUCGAAGGAAAAUUAUCUUGCUGCUAUGACUGUAUCCUGUGUCCAAAAGGGAAGAUCACUGACCAAAUAGACUUAGAUUACUGUUUUCCAUGCCCAGAGGAUCAAUAUCCAAACAAGGAUCAGGAUAGUUGCCUUCAAAAGAGUAUAAUUUACUUGUCUUACCAGGAGCCUUUGGGCAUUUCUUUGAUAAUGAUUGCAGUCUCCUUUUCUGUCAUCUCAGCUGUGGUGCUGGGGAUCUUCCUUAAACAGCAGGACACUCCCAUCGUCAAAGCCAACAACCGGAACCUCACCUACAUUCUCCUCACUGCUCUCCUCCUCUCCUUCCUUUGCACUUUGCUCUUCAUUGGGCAACCAGACAGAGUGAAAUGUCUCAUGCAACAAACUGCUUUUGGCAUCAUCUUCUCUGUAGCCCUUUCCUGUAUAUUGGGGAAAACAACCAUUGUGGUUCUUGCUUUCAUGGCCACCAAGCCAGGCUCCCAAAUGAGGAAAUGGGUGGGGAAAAGUCUGGGCAAUGCUAUUGUGCUUUCUUGCUCCCUGGUGCAAACAUCAAUUUGUGUAGUAUGGCUGGCACUUUCUCCCCCAUUCCCAGAUUCUGACAUGCACUCCAUGGCUGAAGAAAUUGUCCUGGAAUGUAAUGCAGGCUCAACCAGAAUGUUUUACAAUGUCCUUGGCUUUCUGGGGUUCUUGACUGCUGUCAGCUUCACGGUGGCCUUCCUAGCUAGGAAUUUACCUGACAGCUUCAAUGAAGCCAAAUUUAUCACCUUCAGCAUGUUGGUCUUUUGCAGUGUUUGGGUGUCAUUUGUUCCCACCUACCUGAGUACAAAGGGGAAAUACAUGGUGGCUGUGGAGAUCUUCUCCAUUUUGGCUUCUGCAGCUGGACUACUGGGCUUCAUCUUUUUCCCCAAAUGCUAUAUCAUUAUUCUGAGACCUGAUUUAAAUAAGAAGGAGCAACUAAUAAAGAAAUAA